AUGGCUUAUCCAACCUUCUUUCUCUCACUUUCUUUCCUUUUCACAUGCAUCUACGCCUUCACCGUCUUCCGCCGCCGCAACUCGCGGCUUCCGGCAGGACCUUACCCUUUUCCGAUCGUCGGAAACCUCUUACAACUCGGUGACAAACCCCACCGAUCUCUGGCCUCGUUGUCUAAGCUCUACGGUCCUUUAAUGUCGUUAAAGCUCGGAUGCAUAACAACGAUAGUYGUUUCAUCACCCGAUAUCGUCAAAGAAUUCUUUCACACACACGAUAUAACAUUUUCUAGCCGAUCAGUUCCGAGCACCGGCGGAGUGGUGGACCACCAUAAGUACUCCAUAGCAUGGCUGCCGGUCGGAGAUCAAUGGCGAAGACUACGAAGAGUUACUAAAGAAUACUUGUACUCGGUGCAACGUCUAGAAGCUAGUGAGCUCGUACUAGGGAAGAAGGUACAAGAACUUCUUGAUCAUGUUAAUCAAUGUUGUGCACGUGAAGAGCCAAUAAAUAUGGGUGUAGUUGUGUUUACUACAACACUCAACAUUUUCUCCAACUUCUUGUUCUCUUUGGAUUUCGCUCAAUAUGAUUCCGUCUUGUCACAAGAAUUCAACGAUGCAAUACGUGGUUUGAUGGAAGUUGCCGGGACACCUAAUCUAGCGGACUUUUUCCCAAUGCUAAAGUUGUUCGAUCCACAAGGUUUAGUACGACGUGGAAAUGUUUAUGGUAAGAGGAUGUUGGCUAUUUUUGAUAAAAUCAUUGAUCAACGGCUUCAUACAAGAUCAAAUUCAUCGUCAUGUGAUGGUGUUUCAUCGAGAAAGAAUGAUGUUUUGGACUCGUUGCUCGACAUCAACCUAAACGGUGAAUCCGGGUCAUUUAAUAUCAAUGACAUGAAACACUGGUUUUUGGAUUUAUUUGUUGCGGGAACUGAUACGACAGCAACCACGUUGGAGUGGGCAAUGGCUGAGCUUAUUCGUAACCCAGAUAUAAUGAAAGCGGCUCGAUUGGAGGUGACCAAACACAUGCAAAGCAACAACAGAAAUAUACAAGAAUCAGAUAUCACUCGACUCCCAUACCUACAAGCUAUUGUAAAAGAAACUCUCAGGUUGCAUCCUCCCGUCCCUCUUCUCGUCCCUCACAAAGCCAUACACGAUGUAGAUGUCCAAGGUUUCAUCGUGCCUAAAAAUGCACAAAUUCUUUGUAAUGUCUGGGCAAUGGGGCGAGACCCAAACGUUUGGUCUAACCCAGAAAUGUUCAUGCCAGAGAGAUUUUUGGAAGUCGAGAUCGACUACAAAGGCCAUGAUUUCAAGUUCAUUCCGUUUGGUACUGGGAGGAGGAUUUGUCCGGGAUUGAAUUUCGCUCAUAGAAUGUUACAUAUAAUUAUAGGCUCUUUGAUUCACAAGUUUGAUUGGAAGCUUGAUGGGAAUGUAAGUGCACUAGAUAUGGACAUGGAGGAGAAGUUUGGGCUCACAAUGCCAAAAAGUGUACCCUUAAUGGCCAUUCCAAUCAAACACUAAUCACUACAACAAAAUAGGGUUUAUAGGGCACUCCUAAAUUGUAAGUGUUUUAAUAGACCUCUUUAUAUGACUUAGUUUAU